UUCUCUCUCUUUAAAAUCACUUUCUCCAAUUAGUUUAGUGCCUUUUGGUAGCUGUGUGAGAUCAGUUCAGACCUAACACACCACUCCGAGAAGAAAAUGUGAAAGUUAUGGGUUGAUGAUUUUUGGAGGGUGAAGAAUGGCGAGAGAGAAGAUCAAGAUCAAGAAGAUUGAUAACGUAACGGCCAGGCAAGUCACCUUCUCUAAGAGGAGGCGAGGUCUCUUUAAGAAAGCUGAAGAGCUUUCUGUUCUCUGUGACGCCGAGAUUGCUCUCAUCAUUUUCUCAGCUACUGGCAAGCUCUUUGAGUACUGCAGCGCCUCCAGCAUGAAGGACACAAUUUCAAGGUAUAAUAUGCAUUCUAUCAACAUCGGAAAGCUUGACCAACCAUCGCUUGAACUGCAGCUGGAAAAUAGCAACAACAUCAGAUUGAGCAAGGAAGUUGCUGAUAAGAGCCAUGAACUACGACAAAUGCGAGGAGAAGAUCUUAAAGGAUUGAAUAUAGAAGAAUUACAGCAACUGGAAAAAAUGCUUGAAUCAGGACUUGGGCAUGUUCUUGAAACAAAGAGUGAACUGAUUAUGAGCGAGAUGUCUUCACUUGAAAGAAAGGGAGCACAACUAUUGGAGGAGAAUAGACAGCUAAAACAGAAGGUGUCCAACUUGUAUAAGGGAAAAAGCCUCGUCCUAGCUGAUUCAGAAAUCGCAAUUCAGGAAGAAGGGUUGUCAUCAGAAUCUGCUACUAAUGUUUGCAGCUGCAGCAGCGGCCCGCCUAUAGAGGAUGACAGUUCUGAUACUUCUCUCAAAUUAGGGCUUCCCUUCCCUUGCUGAAUUGGAGAAGACGAAGUGGAUUUCUUCCGUGUGUCGGAUAAAAUAGCCCAGGGAUCGCCCAACAUGCAAGUGGAUUUUUCGGUUGGGUAAUAUAGUCUAGCAUAGGCCACAUACUUGAGAGGUUAUGGGCCUCUCGAGUACAUGAUGUUGUUUAGCAUAGGAGCUUCCCUAGUACAUGUAUUGGCCCUCCUUUUCAAAACUUACACACUACCACGUUCCAUUGUUUCUAAACAAUCAAUAUGUUGGUAUAUAUUUAU